GAAGUUAAAUUAAAGCCUUUAGGACUGCUCACUUUCAGACAUUUGAAAAGGGGAACAAAAAUGGCGGUCGUGUCAGCAGCUUUAAGAUUCGCGCCACUACAACGGAAGUCCCCACGUGACUAGAUGUUCGAGCCCUGCGUGGCUGCGCUGCAAAAGCGCAGACACAGAGCGACCCCCCCUGCGCAUUAUUUUCCCUUUCUUUUUUUAAAUAAAAGAAGCGAAUGAAGGUAUACAUAACGUUUUACAAAUUAGUUAUUUCUACAAGGAAAUAGGGACCAUUUCUUUUAUUUCUUUAUAACAAACCCGGAAAAGAUGCUGCUUGACGUUUUCCAAGCAGAUGAUUUGCCUGACACUGGAUACUAUACGGAAACUGGGUCGUCGAAUAACAAGUUCAUCUCUUCCUGUUUCAUGCCUUCAACCGGAUAACGUUAUUCAACCAUGGCGCUCAACUCUUUGGAUUUUAAAAAGGGAUGGAUGUUCAUGUUGGACAACUGCGCAGACUGGAGAAAGUUCUGGUUUGUGCUGGACAGCUCUGGACUGAAAUACUAUAUCAACCCUGACGCUGAGGAGACGGGUGGGCCAAAUGGAGAGAUUGACAUUUCAAGUUGUGUUGAAGUGAUGGAGUUUGAAGUAGAAAAGAACUAUGGACUUCAAAUACAUAUGAGAGAUGCAGAAAUCACCUUGUCAGCCAUGACUUCCCGCAUCAGGAGGAACUGGAUUGACAUGCUGCAGAGACACAUCGGAGCCAGCGAUUCACCCGAUAACGCACGACACCCAGACAGCAGCCGCACAAAUUCCACCUCUAAACAUGCAGAAACCUUCAGGUACUCGCAUCCAGAUCGGCGCGAUUCAGGGUCAGAGCCCACAAGCCUGUCUCACAAUGACCCAGACGUGAUGUCAUUGCCCUUGACAAAUCACCGGGAGGCAGGCGUGGGCCGAGACACAGAGCAGGAAAAACGAUUUGGGGACAGGACCAAGUGGUUCCAGGAAGCUGUCUUGGACCGGGAGGCCGACAGCCCGUGGGACAAAGUGCAGCUGAAAAAGGAGGCGGUGGCUCACGUGAUGCCGCAGGUCCCCGAGACUAAAACUGGGUCGGACAUCGAGAGGAAGUGGAAGGAUUUCGAGAAGAUUCCUGUCGGGGAGAUGAGGUCUUUGAUUGGUUCAGAUGCUCCGCAAGGAACCAACCAGGCACUACAACCUGAGCAGGUCCAGGAGCUGUGUGAAGGCAAAGCCGGGUCUGGAUCUGUGUUUCCCUGCGGCCCUCCCUGUGCCUCCAGACUGGAAGAGAUGGAAAGAGCGCACAUGGAGAAACUGCAGGAGAUGGAAAGGGUGCACGAGAGAGAGAGAAGAGAGAUGGAGGCUCACAGAGAGAAGAUGCUAAGGGACGAGGCGCACCACGCAGCCCAAGCGAUAGAAGCUCUGAAAAAGGCCCAUCAGGAGCAACUGGAGAGACUGAGAGGAGGAAAGCAAACAGACUCCGCUGUACUAAAGUCAGAGUGUGUGUGUCUGCAGCAGAAGUUGGAUAGUCUCUCAGAGCGUUACACACAGAGAUGUAUGGAGUUGACUGAUGUACAGAAGGCCACAGGACAAAAACACACACUGAUGGAGGAGAGACAUGGAGAAGUGGAACGACUCCGUAAAGAGAACCAGGAACUGCAGGCCCGUGUGACCGAGGAAAUGAGUCUCAUGCGGUCCUUCAUUACGGGUCAAAGGUCAGGGGUGGUCGGUGUCGGAGGCUUCGAGCGCAGCGCCUUGGAAUUGGAGAUGUUGUUGCAGUGAAGGAGAAUGAGAUCGAGUGCUUGCAGAAGGAGCUCAGCUGUCUCAGGGACGAGAUCCAGUCAUUAAUUAAGGAGAAGCAGGAUCUGAGCGAGCGUUACAAGGCCGUGUAUGUGGAGCUCUGUGGACUGAAGGGACUCAGUGACCGUGAGAUCAGAUCUCUUAAAGAACACCUUCGACUCACUAACGCCACUCUGGAGGAGGAGCAGCAACUGAGACCUUAAACUCUUCACACACGAAGACGUGCAGAAGCUCUCGCUCUCCUCAUGAGGCUUCUGUUAGAGAUGAGCUACUCUUCAUGCUGCCUUUGCUACCAGUAAAUAAUAAUAAAUAUAUAUAUUAUAUAUAA